CCACAGAUCUUCGAAUGCAGAUAUUGCCUGUCUGCGUCCCACAACGAGUACACGGAAUAUGGUGGAUAAGAAGAGCUUCAAGUAAGCAUCAGAACUGCGCCUUCAGGUCACAUUAUCUGCUGCACCUUGGGCUCCUCUUAUUGCUUUUGGCAGUCGGAACCUCAGGAGCAAGCGCAUUAAUGAGUUCAGACGCCACAAGGCCUGAAACCUUUUGUAAUGCGAGUGGAGUUGCUGACUCGAUGCCAUCUGCGAAUGAGGAAGCAGGUGUGGGUACGAGGCUCUUGCAUGAGGACAGUCACAUCAAAGUGUGGGAGAUGGUGCUGCAGCCCGGUGAGCUCGCUCCCCUACACACACACGAGUACCCCUAUACCUUCAUCGUGCAGUCUGGCUCUACGCUCGAAGUACGGGGAGCAUCCGAUGAGCACUUAAGCACUGUCACCGCCGAGGUCGGCCAAGUCUUUUCUUUCACUCUUGAAGGU